AUGGCCACUCAUCCUAGAAUCGCAUCGGAAUUCAACGCCCUUGAGGAGUCUAGCUGGCUGUUUAUCAGUUACUUACUAGCUGGUGUGGUGACUCAGACACUUUAUGCGAAGCUCAGCGAUAUAUAUGGCCGAAAAUGGCUCCUCGUAUUUUGCUACGCCUUAAUGGUCGUCGGUUUGAUUACCAUCGGCAUGGGCCAGAGUAUGUGGCAGGUUGUACUUGGCAGGGUUAUCUCGGGUUCAGGCGGCUCAGGAAUGUCAUCAAUUGGUUUGGUUUUGAUUACUGACCUUAUACCUCUUCGGGAGGUUGCUACUUGGCACGGAUAUUUGAAUGUAAUAAACACUACUGGUCGAAGCCUAGGCGGACCCUUGGGUGGAUGGCUUGCAGACCAGGUUGGCUGGCGUUGGUCAUUCCUCAGCCAAGCACCCAUGUUUGCCAUCGCCGUUGUCUCUUGUAUCUUGGCCAUCCCCAACACAAAACGGGCAACUGCAUCUCAGAAUUACAACGGCAUCAAGACCAAUUUCUUUGUGCGAAUUGACAUGAUUGGGAUUAUACUUCUAGGGCUUGGUAUUCUGGCAAUGAUGUUGCCGUUGGAGCUUGGUGGUGUAUAUGUAUCAUGGGAGCAUCCGAUAAUCUUUGUGCUUUUCAGCAUCGGUGCCGUUCUCCUCCUCUUGUUCCUGGCGAAUGAAGUGUGGUGGGCUCCGAACCCUGUGUUCCCGGUUCGCAUGUUGAAGAACAAAGAACUGGUUGCCUGUUACCUCGUAAUAGGAUUAUUGGCUGCUGCUCAAACCGCUCUUAUGUUCUCUGUCCCGCUAUACUUUCAAGUCACUCAACGAGUUUCAAAUACUAUAGCCGGCAUCCAUUUAUUUCCGGCUGUUUUUGGCAAUGCCGUUGGAGGCCUAGCUGCAGGCAGGAUUAUCAAGGCUACUGGUCGAUAUAAGGUUGUUGCAAUAGCGGCCUCGGUAUCAGGAUCAAUAGCUUACCUGUUACUAAUUCUGCGUUGGCUUGGAAAAACCAACUGGUUGGAGUCUAUGUACAUUUUCUUCGGCGGGCUAGGUGCAGGCAUGGGCAAUACCGCCAUAUUCGUCAGCCUCAAUGCCGUUACCGAGCCCUCUCACAAAGCAGUUGCGGCUUCGGGUCUAUUUCUUUCAAUGCCUAUCGGAAUGAUCACGGGGAUCGCGGUCACUAGCGCAUUGAUGCUUGAGGUGAUGCAGAAACAACUCGACGAUGGUCUUGUCAAACUGGGCUUAAAUCUGGCAGCCCGACUGGAGAUUAUCUCCAAGGCUUCAGGAAAUGUUGACUACAUUUACAGUCUCCAUGGGCCCGUUGCGGACGCUAUUUCAAGCGCAUAUGUUGAUGGAUUAAGAUGGGGCUAUGGGGUAUCAUUUGCCUGCUCCAUAUUUGCACUAUUAGCGGCAUUUAUCUUGAAGAAUCGUCGUCUAGAAUGA